AUGGGCAAAGCAAACCACACUUGGCAGACCGAGUUCAUCUUGCUGGGCCUCUCUUCAGAUCAUCAGACUCAGAUCCUGCUGUUUGUGGUGUUUCUCAUCAUCUACUUGCUGACUGUGUUGGGGAAUUUGCUCAUCAUCCUCCUCAUUCAUGUUGACUCUCGCCUGCACACACCAAUGUACUUCUUCCUUAAAAAUCUGUCAUUUACCGAUCUCUGCUUCUCUACAACUAUCGUUCCCAAUAUGCUAGUCCACUUUCUGGUCAUAAGAAAGACCAUUUCAUUUGCUGGGUGCUCAGUUCAGAUGUUUUGUUUCCUCAUAAUGGGAUGUACAGAAAGUUCCCUGCUAGCAGUGAUGUCCUAUGACCGCUAUGUGGCUGUCUGUAAGCCCCUUCACUACUCCACCAUCAUGACCCAGAGGGUGUGUGUUCUUCUAGCUUCAGGGUCCUGGGCUAGUGGAGUAUUUGUAUCUUUAGUAGACACCACAUUCACUUUACAUCUCCCAUACCAGGGACAAAAUGCCAUCAAUCACUAUUUUUGUGAGCCUCCUGCACUCUUGAAACUGGCUUCAGCAGAAACUUACAGAGCUGAGAUGGUCAUCUUUGCAAUGGGUGUCAUAAUCCUGCUGGGUCCCAUCUCUCUCAUUCUUUUCUCCUAUUGCAAUAUUAUCUCCACUGUGUUUCAAAUGCAAACAGGGGAGGGGAGGCUCAAGGUCUUUUCGACCUGUGGCUCCCAUUUCAUUGUUGUUCUCUUCUUUUAUGGGUCAACAAUAUUUACCUACAUGCAGCCCAACUCAAAGAAAAAGAAUCAAGGGGAUAAGGUGAUCUCAGUGUUCUACUCAGUCAUAACAUCCAUGAUGAACCCAUUCAUUUACAGCCUAAGAAAUAAGGAUGUGAAGGAGGCAUUAAGGAAAGUACUUAGAAAAUAG